AUGGCAUUGGAGUUCCCGGGUUUGCAGCCGCCGCCGCCGCCUAGUCCAGCACCCCGAGCGCCCCUUCUUCCCGAAGCAGCAGCGGAGAAGGCGAAGCGGCCGGCGGAGGCGAGGCAGAUGGGGCUCAAGGCGCGCAGGGCGGCGGGGGCGGCUGGCGGCGGCGGCGACGGGGGCGGCGGAGGCGGCGGGGCCGCUAACCCGGCCGGAGGGGACGCGGCGGCGGCCGGCGACGAGGAGCGGAAAGUGGGGCUGGCGCCGGGCGACGUGGAGCAAGUCACCUUGGCGCUCGGGGCCGGAGCGGACAAAGACGGGACCCUGCUGCUGGAGGGUGGCGGUCGCGACGAGGGGCUGCGGAGGACCCCGCAGGGCAUCGGGCUCCUGGCCAAGACCCCCCUGAGUCGCCCGGUCAAGCGGAACAACGCCAAGUACCGGCGCAUCCAAACUUUGAUCUACGACGCCCUCGAGAGACCGCGGGGCUGGGCGCUGCUCUACCACGCGCUCGUGUUCCUGAUUGUCCUGGGGUGCUUGGUUCUGGCCGUGCUGACCACCUUCAGGGAGUACGAGACUGUUUCGGGAGACUGGCUUCUGUUGCUGGAAACAUUUGCUAUUUUCAUCUUCGGAGCCGAGUUUGCUUUGAGGAUCUGGGCUGCCGGAUGUUGCUGCCGAUACAAAGGCUGGCGGGGACGACUGAAGUUUGCCAGGAAGCCCUUGUGCAUGUUGGACAUCUUCGUGCUGAUCGCUUCUGUGCCGGUGGUUGCCGUGGGAAACCAGGGCAAUGUCCUGGCCACGUCCCUGCGGAGCCUGCGCUUCCUGCAGAUCCUGCGGAUGCUACGCAUGGACCGGAGGGGUGGCACCUGGAAGCUCCUGGGCUCGGCCAUCUGUGCCCACAGCAAAGAGCUCAUCACCGCCUGGUACAUCGGGUUCCUGACGCUCAUCCUUUCUUCAUUCCUCGUCUACCUGGUUGAGAAAGAUGUGCCGGAGGUGGAUGCCCAAGGGGAAGAGAUGAAAGAGGAGUUUGAGACCUACGCCGAUGCCCUUUGGUGGGGCCUGAUCACACUGGCCACCAUUGGCUAUGGAGACAAGACGCCCAAGACGUGGGAAGGCCGUCUGAUCGCAGCCACCUUCUCCUUAAUCGGCGUCUCCUUUUUCGCCCUUCCAGCAGGCAUCCUGGGGUCCGGGCUGGCGCUCAAGGUGCAGGAGCAGCAUCGCCAGAAGCACUUUGAGAAGAGGAGGAAGCCCGCUGCUGAGCUCAUCCAGGCUGCCUGGAGAUACUACGCUACCAACCCAAACAGGAUUGAUCUUGUGGCAACAUGGAGGUUCUAUGAAUCAGUCGUCUCUUUUCCGUUCUUCAGGAAAGAGCCACUGGAUGCAGCAGCCAGCCAAAAGCUGGGUCUCUUGGAUCGGGUUCGCCUUUCUAAUCCUCGUGGUAGCAAUACUAAAGGAAAGCUAUUUACCCCUCUGAAUGUAGAUGCCAUAGAAGAAAGUCCUUCUAAAGAACCAAAGCCUGUUGGCUCAAACAAUAAAGAGCGUUUCCGCACCGCCUUCCGCAUGAAAGCGUACGCUUUCUGGCAGAGCUCUGAAGAUGCCGGGACGGGCGACCCCACAGCGGAAGACAGGGGCUGCGGGAAUGACUUCCUCAUCGAAGACAUGAUCCCCACCCUGAAGGCUGCCAUCCGAGCCGUCAGGAUUCUGCAAUUCCGUCUCUAUAAAAAAAAAUUCAAAGAGACGUUGAGGCCUUACGAUGUGAAGGAUGUGAUUGAGCAGUAUUCCGCAGGACAUCUAGACAUGCUUUCCAGGAUCAAGUACCUUCAGACCAGAAUAGACAUGAUUUUCACUCCCGGACCUCCAUCUACUCCAAAACACAAGAAGUCUCAGAAGGGGGCAGCCUUCACCUACCCGUCCCAGCAGUCUCCCAGGAAUGAACCGUAUGGAGCCAGACCUGCCACAUCAGAAACGGAAGACCAAAGCAUGAUGGGGAAGUUUGUGAAGGUCGAGAGGCAGGUUCAUGACAUGGGGAAGAAGCUGGAUUUCCUGGUGGAUAUGCACAUGCAGCACAUGGAAAGGCUCCAGGUCCAUGUCACCGAGUUCUACCCGACCAAGGGGUCCUCCUCCCCAGCCGAGGUGGAGAGGAAACAGGACCCCAGGGAUCCGGAUUUGAACACCAUCCUCUGUAACUAUUCCGAGACAGGCCCCCCAGACCCCGCCUACACGUUCCACCAGGUGCCCGUCGACAAAGUCGGCCCCUAUGGGUUUUUUGCCCACGACCCAGUGAACCUGCCCCGAGGGGGACCCAGUUCUGGAAAGGUCCACGCCACCCUCUCCUCCCCAGCAGCGACAUAUGCAGAAAGGCCCACCGUCCUGCCAAUCUUGACUCUUCUCGACUCCCGAGGGGGCUUCCACUCCCAGGCUGAACAGCACGGGCCCUGCUCAGAGCGGGUCUCCCCCCGGCAGAGACCCAGCCUCACCCGGGACAGCGACACGCCCUUGUCCCUGAUGUCGGUCAACCACGAGGAGCUGGAACGGUCUCCAAGUGGCUUCAGCAUCUCCCAGGACAGAGACGACUAUGCAUUUGGCCCGGGUGGGGGCUCGAGCUGGAUGAGAGAGAAGCGGUACCUCGCCGAGGGUGAGACAGACACAGACACAGACCCUUUCACCCCCAGCGGCUCCAUGCCUCUGUCGUCCACGGGGGAUGGCAUUUCGGAUUCAAUCUGGACCCCUUCCAACAAGCCCACGUGAGAGGGGUCGUGGGCUGACUCCUCCUUGUCAUGUAGACAGACUCUGUAUAGCUCACUUUGCUCUCACGCCCGCCUCGUACCCGUGAGAUCGCCGGUGGCUGCGUCAAACGCCUGCAUGUGCGUGGCGGCCCCACCUGGGCAGGGGCUUUUCAAGGCUUUUUUCCUCCCCAGGUCACUACAGUGAAGCUGCCUCCUUUCAAGCAUGGUUUGCAUGACUUUCCACUAUAUAAAU